AGCAUAUACCAGCUGAAAAGCCAAAUAAGGAAAUGCAUCCCUUCUCCCAGCAGUUCUAAGUUAACUUGGCCAAAGCCAGUUUUUCUGUUGGCUUGGGCAGCAAAGUGAAAAGAGAAUGCUCCACUUUAAGCGAUGUCAGCAUCUGAAACAGAUAACUCAGAAAUGCUUGUCUCGCAUCCACGUGAAAACAGAUAAACAUCCACAGCUAUUUCUUUCAAGAACCUUUGCGCUUGCGGAAUUAAGGAAAUCAUGGCAUUCCAUCUACUCUCUUGUUGGAGACAAAAAUAUUAUCCUGAUGGGACCUCCUGGUGCUGGGAAAACAACAGUAGGCAGAAUAAUAGGCCAGAAACUGGGUUGUUGUGUCAUCGAUGUGGAUGAUGAUAUCCUUGAAAAAACCUGGAAUAUGAGUGUGUCUGAAAAAUUGCAGGAUGUUGGUAAUGAGCAAUUUUUAGAAGAGGAAGGAAAAGCCGUGUUAAACUUCUCUGCAUCUGGAAGUGUGAUUUCCCUUACUGGGUCCAACCCAAUGCAUGAUGCUAGCAUGUGGCAUCUAAAGAAAAAUGGAAUAAUUGUUUAUCUGGAUGUGCCUCUACUAGAUAUAGUCAGUCGUCUAAAAUUAAUGAAAACAGAUAGGAUUGUAGGUCAGAAUUCUGGAACCUCUAUGAAAGACUUACUUAAAUUUAGAAGACAGUACUAUAAGAAGUGGUACGAUACUCGUGUUUUUUGUGAAAGUGGGGCUUCCCCGGAGGAGGUAGCCAACAAAGUGCUGAGUGCAGUUAAAAGAUACCAAGAUGUGGAUUCAGAAACAUUCAUUUCCACAAGACACAUUUGGCCUAAAGACUGUGAACAGAAAGUUCCAACAAAAUUCUUUAGUGGAGCUGUGAUUGAGGGGUUAGCUUCUGACGGUGGACUUUUUGUUCCUGAGAAGGAGUUUCCAAAGUUAAACUGUGGGGAGUGGAAAAGCCUGGUAGGAGCAACAUACAUAGAAAGAGCACAGAUACUUCUGGAAAAAUGUAUACAUCCUGCUGACAUACCUGCUGCCAGGCUGGGAGAGAUGAUUGAAACUGCUUAUGGGGAAAACUUUGCCUGCUCAAAAAUCGCCCCUGUCAGGCACCUGUCAGGCAACCAGUUCAUCCUGGAGUUGUUUCAUGGACCAACGGGAUCAUUUAAAGAUCUGUCUUUACAGCUCAUGCCCCAUCUUUUUGCACACUGUAUUCCACCAAGUUGCAAUUUUAUGAUACUUGUAGCCACCUCAGGAGACACUGGAAGUGCAGUCUUAAAUGGCUUUAGUCGUCUUAAUAAGAAUGACAAGCAGAGAAUAGCCGUGGCCACAUUUUUUCCUGAAGACGGAGUCAGUGAUUUUCAAAAAGCACAAAUAAUUGGCAGUCAGAAUGAAAAUGGAUGGGCAGUAGGUGUCAAGUCAGAUUUUGAUUUCUGCCAGACAUCUAUAAAAAGAAUUUUUCAAGAUUCUGAUUUUACUGGCUUUCUUGCUGUGGAAUAUGGAACCGUCUUAAGUUCAGCUAACUCCAUAAACUGGGGCCGACUGCUUCCCCAAGUAGUUUAUCAUGCUUCUGCAUACCUUGAUCUCGUUAGCCAAGGAUUUAUUUCUUUUGGAAGCCCAGUUGAUGUGUGUAUUCCCACAGGAAACUUUGGUAACAUUUUAGCAGCAGUGUAUGCCAAAACCAUGGGAGUCCCUAUUCGAAAAUUUAUCUGUGCUUCUAAUCAGAACCAUGUUUUGACUGAUUUUAUAAAAACAGGACAUUAUGAUAUAAGGGAAAGAAAACUAGCAAAGACCUUUUCACCAGCAAUCGAUAUCCUCAAAUCUUCAAACCUGGAACGACAUUUACACCUGAUGGCUAAUAAAGAUGGACAGUUAAUGAGAAGACUGUUUAAUCAAUUAGAAGAGGAGCAUCACUUCCAGAUAGAGAAGAUCCUAGUUGAGAAACUUCAGCAGGAUUUCGUGGCUGACUGGUGCUCCGAGGGAGAGUGCCUGGCAGCUAUUCACUCCACCUACAACACUUCGGGGUACAUUUUGGACCCACAUACUGCUGUUGCGAAAGUAGUUGCAGACAGAAUGCAAGACAAAACUUGCCCAGUGAUUGUAUCCUCUACAGCUCAUUACUCCAAGUUUGCACCUGCUAUCAUGCAGGCUUUAAAGAUCAGAGAAAUCAACCAGACUUCAUCAAGUCAAGUUUACUUACUAAGUUCAUACAAUGCCUUACCUCCACCGCAUGAGGCUUUAUUAGAGAGAACAAAACAGCAAGAGAAGAUGGAGCACCAGGUAUGUGCAGCUGAUGUGAAUGUCCUGAAGAAUUACGUGGAAAAACUUGCACAAAAUCAAUUCAUAUGA